UCCACACUCACCCACACCUCCCUCCUCCUCCUCCUCGUGAACACAAACAUGAGACUGGCAAAAAUGUGCCGACUAAACGCGCUGGGGAUCUAUUUGUGGGAAACAGUUUUGUUUAUCAGCUUGGCGGCGUCGAAAGAAGCUGCGGCGAGGAAAGCCACGACGCCGAUGCCGCCCUCCGAGUUCCUGGACAAACUUAUGGGCAAAGUGUCGGGUUACGACGCCAGGAUCCGACCGAAUUUCAAAGUGUUCAACAAAGACCCCAAAGGCUCCAAAAAUGAAGCUACUCACAAGAAAGGUCCGCCUGUGAACGUCACCUGCAACAUUUUUAUCAACAGUUUUGGGUCCAUCGCAGAGACAACGAUGGACUACAGAGUGAACAUCUUCUUGCGGCAGCAGUGGAACGACCCCCGGCUGGCGUACAGCGAGUAUCCCGACGACUCGCUGGACCUCGACCCGUCUAUGUUGGACUCCAUCUGGAAACCCGACUUGUUCUUCGCCAACGAGAAGGGGGCCAACUUCCACGAGGUCACCACCGACAACAAGCUGCUGCGCAUCUCCAAGAACGGCAACGUGCUCUACAGCAUACGAAUAACACUGGUCUUGGCCUGUCCCAUGGAUCUGAAGAACUUCCCUAUGGAUGUCCAAACGUGCAUCAUGCAGCUGGAGAGUUUCGGCUACACCAUGAACGACCUCAUAUUCGAGUGGGAUGAGAAAGGACCGGUGCAGGUGGCCGACGGUCUGACGUUACCUCAGUUUAUACUCAAAGAGGAGAAGGACCUGCGCUACUGCACCAAGCACUACAACACAGGUAAAUUCACGUGCAUCGAGGCUCGUUUCCACCUGGAGCGUCAGAUGGGUUACUACCUGAUCCAGAUGUACAUCCCGUCGCUGCUCAUCGUCAUCCUGUCCUGGGUCUCCUUCUGGAUCAACAUGGACGCCGCGCCGGCUCGAGUGGGUCUGGGCAUCACCACCGUGCUGACCAUGACCACGCAGAGCUCCGGCUCCAGGGCCUCGCUGCCCAAGGUGUCCUACGUCAAAGCCAUCGACAUCUGGAUGGCCGUGUGUCUGCUGUUCGUCUUCUCGGCUCUGCUGGAGUACGCCGCCGUCAACUUCAUCGCUCGCCAACACAAGGAGCUGCUGCGCUUCAGCAGACGGAGGCGACGACACAUGAAGCCUGAGUCUUGGCCUGUGUUGCAGGAGGAUGAGACGGGCGAGGGGCGCUUCAGCUUCCCCGGUUAUGGCAUGGGCCCCGCCUGCCUGCAGGCCAAGGACGGCAUGGCCAUCAAGGGCAACAACAACAACGCGCCGGCCUCGGCCGCGCCCGAGAAGAGCAUCGAGGAGAUGAAGAAGCUGUUCAUCGGCCGCGCCAAGCGCAUCGACACAGUGUCCCGCGUGGCCUUCCCGCUCGUCUUCCUCAUUUUUAACAUUUUCUACUGGAUCACUUACAAGAUCAUCCGCAGCGAGGACAUCCACAAGCAGUAGUCGAGAGGCGGAGGAGGCUGAGGUGGAGGUGGAGGUGGAGAAAACGGUGCAAAGAGAAGGAAAAGAAACAAAAAAAGGAGAUAAAGAGAGAUGACUUCACACCAAACCACGCCACCUUUCCUCGUCCUCUUCCUUCAUCCUCUUUUGCUCGAGGAUUACGAUGCUUUUCGUGGUUCUGCCUCAAACCCUCCCUGACCCCUACCCCGAUUUGAGAUAUUCAUUGCUUUUCCCCCUCCCAUCCCCCGUCUUUGUUCUCCUCUCUUGCCCCAGAUCUUCUUCCUGUUCUCCUUUUCCCACCUCCUGAAUAAUCUGGACCAGUGCAAUAGCAAUGCAGUAAAAUGCAUGAUAUAUGAAUGUGGCAAUAUAUUAAUGAAAAGAUGAAAAAAAAAAAUUUAAACACAGAACUUUUGUGGUGGCGCCUGACAAACUCUGGGGCGAUUGGACGGAUGGACACAAACUAAAGGAGAGUCUUAUUUAAAGGUCUUGUGUUUGAUUUUAAGGGGUUUUUUUUGUGUGAAGACAGAUAUAUUAUUCUAUAUAAAAUGUGAAUUUAGGAUGGGGUGGUGUAAUAUACUCAUAUAUCUAUCAUGAAAUGGAAUAAAAGUAUGAACUCUAUAAGCGUGUGGGCAUCUGGAAACGAGGGAUUUUUCUCACCCC